AAUCGGAAGAAAACCACGGGCCUUUUUUGGCGAUACCUUGCCAACGGGGGAUUUUUAUUAAUAUCGGGGGUGUGUACACGGUACAAGAGUUCGGCUCGAAAGCCAUUAAUGGUGGAGCUAGAAGCUCUUUAAAGAAUGAAAAUGCACAAUAAUCUAGGGAGAGAAACAAAGUGGGCAGGGGAGAGUGUAAAAAUUGGCCUCCUCUUCCCAUUGGGGGCACCCUCUUUUUAUAGGGAAGGAGGGGAAGCAUAUUCGGGGAAUAUUCUCUUAUUCCUCCAUUUUAUUAAACAGGCCCGGUUUGUUUGUUCUUCGUAAAUAAUUGGGAAAUGUGGGCCGAGUCACGUAUUAUUUCCCAUCAAGAAGUCCUCCACUUUUUUAAGUUGUGAGAAUCAUCAACUUAAAAAAGUAGACAAGUCCUCCGAGUGAUAUUUUCAGUCUUCGUACUUUGGAUUCUUGACCGGUUGAUAUUAUUGCUAGUCCUCCGAGUCUUCAUUAAUUCUCUAAUCAGAAGUUUUUCCUGCAAAAAAUAAUAUGUACAACAUAUUUUUUUUGACCGGCCUAUGCCGUGCUCAAAAAAUUAUUAUCUUUACCGAGGAGCUCGGUGUUAGAGUGGUUAAAAUUCGCGUGAAUAAUUAUCGUAACAAGAGCGAUGUCAGUUCGACAAAGCAACGAUGCUUCGAGUAGUUAUACGACACCGGAGUUAGUACGAUGAAGCGGCAGUGCUUCAAGUAGUUAUUUCGUCGAGACCGAUGUUAGUACGAAUUAAGUAAACGAUGCAUGACGAAAUUAGUAUACAGACGACAUCGACGAUAGUUAAUAAGAAUUGAGUACGCUGCAGCAGCUUUGUUGAAGAUCGAUCCUAGCCCGGUUAACUGAUGUAAAUAUCUUCGUAUCAUGUAGAAACCACUUCUGGAUUGCCUUGUUCAAAGGGCCUGAAGAAUCGGGCGUCCCCGAUAAGGGCUCAGCUGAGCCACCGGUGUACCCAAUUCGAUUGGGGUCAGACUUACGAGAAAAUAUGUGCAAGACCAGUGUGUAUAUCAUUCUUGGCCUGUCUCGCGCAUAAGAAUGAUAUUUACCAGCGUGCCAGGCCGGGCCUGUGUCACAUAUUUUAAUAUUUUUUUUAUUAUACUGAGCAAGACCGGUGUAGUAACCAGCGUGCCAAGCCGGGCCUGUGUCUCAGUCUUCCUCUUUUUUUUUAAUACUGAGCAAGACCGGUGUUGUAACCAGCGUACCAAGCUCGGCUUGUGUCUCAGUCUUCUCUCCGCAUUCGUCCAAAAAGUAUGUACAAAUACCCAAGUUAUUGCUCCAUAAUGCUUGGUGCAAUGAACACACCCAAUUGUUAGUGGUGGCCCCAAUUGAACAUAAAUGAGAGAAUCAACCCACCUAACCCACUAGCUCUUUUUUCUUGGAUCAAAGCUAAUGUUUUACUCCUUAUUUUAUUGGCCAGCAACCUUCCCUAGAUGCAAAGAGCAAGCCCAUUAUACACUCUGUACUUUCUUCUAGCACAGUAGCACCAUGUGAUCUUGAUCUACUGUGGACACAAACAUCAAAGAUAACCUCACAUCCAAUAUAUGGAGAAAAACAGAACACCCCGUCUCUUCCCGAUUCUCAUCUAGAUAGAGCCAUUCGCAUGAGUCCAAAUGGGAUGAAAAUCAUCUCCAGUAGUUUAGUACCUUUCCGGCGUCAAGCUUUGAUGCAACCAUGGGGUAGAUUUCAUCAACCACGAAGCAAAUCUGUAACAAUUUUUGAGGUUUGAGACCUCUGGACGCCAAUGACGUCGGCGCAGGAGUGGUGGCUGGCCUCAAUGACGUCGCUGCAGAGCAGUUGUUUCAGCAACGGCUGCGAUAGUUGUUGGCUUCCGUGGCAACGACGGCGGACCUCAAUGGGAGUGCAUAUUCGGCGGCUUCUGUGGCAGCAAAUUCAAAUGGUGACCAUCAAGUGUUUGAGCACCCUUGCAUUUGUGGAUGCAUGCAGGAAUUCUAGGUGGCGAACAAAAGCUAGUUGGCGGCGGCGGUAGUUGAUUUCUACUACAACAACUAGAUCCGCCCCCCUCAACCUGGUUUGUAGACGGUGGCAAGUCUUAAGACCAGCGGUUGCAGCUGCGGACACGUUUAAGUGCUAGCAGCGGCGAUAGUAGUUACGAGCUCUAGCGGCGGGGAUGUUCGUUUCCAAUGGCGUUAGGCAUUGCUCUUCCCCUUUCUUACAAAAUUCCUCCAAUUGCCCAAAUCUGGAACCUCCCCAUUCUUUAGAUUUGAUAGUUACCAUUGGUAAAGCUGGAGGAUCCGUCAUAGAACGGUGACGCUUCCAUCUUCCGGCGGCAGUGCUCCGGUGCUACAGCGGCGACAGUGUUGGACUCCUGCGUUGGAUUUUGACUAUAACAUCUUUUCCCAUGGUAGCGGCUGUCUUCAAUCGUGGAAGGGGAUUGGCGAUGGAUGGUGGCAGAUUCAGGUCAAAGCGGCAAUCGACCAGUCGGCGUGGUGCAUCCUCGUAGUGAUUCAUUCAAGUCAAAAUCAGGGAAGAUCCUGUCAAGAUCCUCCCAAUCCAGGGUGGUGAGUUCCGGCCACAGUGAUUACCGACGCCUGCUUAAGUGAGAAGAAAUGGUGAUGUUGGCUUCAACGGUGCAUCGGUGUAGGAGCGGUUGGCUUCAGUAACGGCGGUGGCACCCGCAGCGUCAACGGCGGCGGACCUCAUCACGGACGGAAUUGAGGACGGCGCUUGACCCCGCUGGUGCGCGCGCGGCUUCCCGGACUAAGGUGAUCCACGACGCACUUCACAUCUUCCUUCCUUCCAUUCUUUCUUUCCUCCAUUUUUUAAAGAGUAUGCAAACUAUCUUUGGAAAUUGGGAUGCGACCAAGGGUGAUGGCAGUGGUCGAGUGCUUUAGUGGCGAAGACAAUCCAAAGGGUGGAGGCCGGCGAUCCAAGGUCGCACAGGAUCUGGUGGGGAUCUGCAAUUUGCUAAUUUCACGCCUCUCUUUUUUUUGUAAACUUUUCUAUCUUCUCUCCAACUUGAUGAGAUAACCCCCUCCCCUUUGUUUUUUAGCCCAGAUCAAGAAAAUUUGAAUAUUUGUGACUUUUUGCUCUAAGGUCCCACGGUCGGCGCCAAAAUGAUGGUGUAAAUUAUCGACCGGUAUACCGUUUUUAACCCGGCUAAAACGAUAAACUAGUCUAAAAAUACACCAAAAUAUAAACACGGGGAUUUUGACGUGGAAACCCAAAUCGGAAGAAAACCACGGGCCUUUUUUGGCGGUACCUUGCCAACGGGGGAUUUUUAUUAAUAUCGGGGGUAUGUACACGGUACAAGAGUUCGGCUCGAAAGCCAUUAAUGGUGGAGCUAGAAGCUCUUUAAAGAAUGAAAAUGCACAAUAAUCUAGAGAGAGAAACAAAGUGGGCAGGGGAGA